AUGACGAAGAUUUAUGGAACCGGGGUGUAUGAUUUCCGGCGCCACCGGGUGGCGGAGUAUCCGGUGGGCAUAGAGGCGCUUCCACAGCAACCGUCCACUCCACAGCUUCCGGAGAAUCCUUCGGAGUCGAAACCCGGCUCCAAUUUUCCCAGCUCCAUUACACUUACUGAGAUCCAGCGUGACCGUUUAACGAAAAUUGCAGCUGCUAAUUGGGCGAAGACUUCGGAUGCCGUUUCCAAGGAGCCGUUCAGUGCUGAACUCGUGAAAGAGAUUUACUAUACGGAGUUAACUGUUAAAGGCGGAAGAAAGCCAGUGCCAUUGCAAAGGGUGAUGAUACUGGAAGUCAGUCAGUACUUAGAGAAUUACCUUUUUCCAAACUUUGAUCCUGAGACUGCUACAUUUGAGCAUGUGAUGUCAAUGAUACUUAUGAUCAAUGAGAAGUUUCGAGAGAAUGUGGCUGCUUGGAUAUGUUUUUAUGAUAGGAAGGAUGUGUUCAAGGCAUUUCUUGAGAAGGUUCUUCGCCUGAGAGAGGGAAGAAGUCUAACUAUUGCAGAGAAAACCAAUUAUCUACUUUUCAUGAUCAAUGCCUUUCAGAGCUUAGAAGAUGAGAUAGUGAGUGAAAGGGUCAUGAGAUUAGCAAGUCUGGAGUGCUGGCAUAGUCUAUCAUAUGGUCGCUUUCAGAUGGAACUUUGCCUCAAUGAAAACCUUAUAAAGAAAUGGAGAAGAAUUGCCAAAAGAGCCAAGGAUGCAACUAAAAGAGGGGAGUCGUUUGAUCCCACAACUAUGAUCGAAGCAAAGUUCUUGCGAAAUCUCAUUGAAGAGUUUCUAGGGGUGCUCGAUUCUGAAGUUUUUCCCAAGCAGCAAAAUAAUGAGGACAAUAGUAUAGUUGAUGCAAAUGAGUAUGAAGAAGUUGAUGAUGCCGCUGUCCUGUAUUGUGAAAGGUUUAUGGAGUUCCUUAUUGAUCUCUUGAGUCAACUGCCAACUAGGAGGUUGGUUCGGCCUCUAGUUGCUGAUGUUGCUGUUAUCUCUAAAUGUCAUUUAAGUGCUCUGUAUAGACAUGAGAAAGGGAAACUGUUUGCACAGUUGGUGGACUUGCUUCAGUACUAUGAAUGUUUUGAGAUUGAUGAUCAUAAAGGUAGACAAAUGACUGAUGACGAGGUGCUUCAAGCUCAUUACAAACGUCUCCAGGCUUUUCAGCUUCUCACAUUUAAGAGAAGUCCACAGUUGCGAGAACUUGCAUUGGCUAACAUUGGCUCGAUUAACAGGCGUGCUGACCUAUCAAAGAAACUUUCAGUACUUUCUCAUGAAGAGCUAAGAGAUUUAGUAUGUGGAAAGCUCAAACUCGUGUCAAAGGAUGAUCCAUGGUCAGAAAGAGUUGACUUCUUAAUUGAAGUCAUGGUUUCCUUCUUUGAGAAACAACAGUCUCAGAAAGAGGCAAUAAAUGCACUUCCACUAUAUCCAAAUGAGCAAAUAAUGUGGGACGAAAGUCUUGUACCUAGCAUCAACUACUCCGGGGAAGGAUGUCUGGCACUUCCGAAGCUUAAUUUGCAGUUUUUAACACUUCAUGAUUACCUUCUUAGAAAUUUCAAUCUCUUCCGCCUCGAAUCAACAUACGAAAUCCGUGAGGAUAUUCAAGAAGCUGUGCCACACCUUCUUGCUUACAUUAAUAAUGAAGGAGAAACUGCUUUUCGUGGUUGGUCAAGAAUGGCUGUACCAAUUAAGGAAUUUAAGAUUACAGAGGUAAAGCAGCCAAAUAUUGGGGAAGUAAAGCCAUCAGCUGUUACAGCUGAAGUUACUUUCAGCAUUUCUAGUUAUAGAGCACAAAUGAGAUCAGAAUGGAAUGCCCUCAAGGAGCACGAUGUUCUAUUUUUGCUGUCUGUUCGUUCUUCAUUUGAGCCACUAAGUGAAGAAGAAGCAGCCAAGGCAACUGUUCCCCAGAGGCUUGGUCUUCAAUGUGUACGUGGAUGUGAAAUUAUUGAAAUACGUGAUGAGGAAGGAUCUCUCAUGAAUGAUUUCACUGGGAGAAUCAAGCGUGAUGAGUGGAAGCCUCCCAAAGGAGAACUGAGAACUGUGACGGUUGCCCUGGAUACAGCACAAUAUCAUAUGGAUGUUAGUAAUAUUGCAGAGAAGGGUGCAGAUGAUGUGUAUGGUACAUUCAACAUAUUGAUGAGACGGAAACCCAAGGAGAACAAUUUCAAAGCUAUUUUGGAAUCCAUAAGGGAUCUAAUGAAUGAAACUUGUAUUGUUCCUGAUUGGUUACAUGACAUAUUUUUGGGGUAUGGGAAUCCUUCAGCGGCGCAAUGGGUUAAUAUGCCCGACCUUCUUGAAACAGUAGAUUUUAAAGAUACCUUCCUUGAUGCUGCUCACGUGACAGAAUGUUUUUCAAAUUUUGAGGUUUGCUUUAUAAAUUCAGAUGGCACUGAAAGCUUGCAUCCAUCUCCUCCCUUCCGUAUUAGGUUUCCCAAGAAUCUCAAAGGCAAUAUCCAUGUUCUUCCUGGCUAUGAAAAGUCUACAGUUACUUCAGAUUCUGAAGCCAGUAUUCCAGAUGAUCAGUCUGAUAAAGAAAAGCUACUGGUUGAGGCUUAUGUUCCUCCUGAUCCAGGCCCAUAUCCCCAAGAUCAGCCGAAGCAGAAUUCUGUCCGAUUUACUCCGACUCAGAUUGGAGCCAUCAUUUCAGGCAUUCAGCCUGGACUGACCAUGGUGGUAGGUCCACCUGGUACAGGAAAGACAGAUACUGCUGUGCAAAUUUUGAAUGUGCUUUAUCAUAACUGCCCUUCUCAGAGAACUUUGAUAAUUACUCAUUCAAAUCAGGCAUUAAAUGAUCUCUUUGAAAAGAUAAUGGAGAGGGAUGUGCCAGCUCGCUAUCUUCUUCGUCUUGGUCAAGGUGAACAAGAACUGGCAACUGAGCUCGACUUCAGUCGCCAAGGCCGUGUGAAUGCAAUGCUUGUUCGGCGUCUUGAACUUCUUAGUGAAGUGGAACGCCUUGCAAGAUCUCUCCAACUGCCUGAGGAUGUAGGAUACACUUGUGAAACUGCUGGAUACUUUUGGUUGCUUCAUGUAUAUUCACGCUGGGAACGAUUUUUGGCUGAUUGCGCUGUAAAUAAAGAUAAACCAACAUGUGUUCAGGACCGCUUUCCCUUUAAGGAGUUUUUUGCUAAUACUCCCAAGCCAGUUUUUACAGGCCAGUCCUUUGAAAAAGACAUGCGUGCAGCCAAGGGGUGCUUCCGUCACCUGAAAACUAUGUUUGGAGAACUUGAAGAGUGUAGGGCAUUUGAAUUGCUCAAGUCAACAGUUGAUCGAUCAAAUUACCUGAUGACGAAACAGGCAAAAAUAGUGGCAAUGACUUGUACCCAUGCAGCUCUUAAAAGGAAGGAUUUUCUGAAUUUAGGCUUCAAAUAUGACAACUUGUUGAUGGAAGAAAGUGCUCAAAUUUUGGAGAUUGAAACUUUCAUCCCCAUGUUGCUCCAAAGGCAGGAAGAUGGCUAUGCUCGGCUUAAACGCUGCAUAUUGAUUGGUGACCAUCAUCAAUUGCCUCCAGUUGUUAAAAAUAUGGCUUUUCAGAAGUAUAGCCACAUGGAUCAAAGUCUAUUCACAAGAUUUGUGCGUCUUGGAAUUCCUUAUAUUGAGCUCAAUGCCCAGGGUAGAGCUAGGCCCAGUUUAGCUAGACUUUACAACUGGAGAUACAGAGACCUUGGGGAUCUUCCAUUUGUGAGGGAGAAUGAUGUCUUCCACAGAGCAAAUGCUGGAUUCUCUUAUGACUAUCAAUUGGUUGAUGUUCCUGACUACCAUGGGAAAGGUGAGACUGCACCUUCUCCAUGGUUCUAUCAAAAUGAAGGAGAAGCUGAAUAUGUAGUUAGUGUCUACAUGUACAUGCGUUUACUUGGGUACCCAGCUAACAAAAUAUCCAUAUUGACAACAUACAAUGGUCAGAAACUUUUGAUUCGUGACGUUAUUAACAGAAGGUGUCUCCCUUAUGACUUCAUUGGUCCACCACACAAGGUUGCAACUGUUGACAAAUUUCAAGGACAGCAAAAUGAUUACAUCUUAAUAUCUCUUGUUCGUACUCGCUUUGUGGGACACCUGCGUGAUGUCAGAAGAUUGGUUGUUGCAAUGUCACGUGCUCGAUUGGGUUUAUAUGUUUUUUGUAGACGCUCUCUUUUUGAACAAUGCUAUGAACUUCAACCUACAUUUCAACUUCUUCUUCAGAGACCCGAUCUUCUCGCUCUAAAUCUAAACGAAGUGACAACAUUCACGGAUCGUCGCUUUGAAGACACUGGACAAAGCCAACUUGUUAGUGGCAUUGAGGAGAUGGCUAACAUCGUCAAUUAUAAGAUGCAUCAGGUCUAUGAGGCACGGAUAAUGAGUCAACAACUGAAUGCUUAUUUAGAACCGGUCCCCAUGACUAUAGAUGCAUCUGAGGAAAAUGGCCUACAGAAUCCGGAGACCUCAGUUCACACUAUGGACGAUGACAAUCUCACCUUGGCAAAUGGUGCUGAUGAGGAUAUGCCACCUAGUGGAAAAUCGAAAGAAUCAACACAACCAGAAGCUUCUACAAAUGGGAACAUAGAUAUGCCACUUCAGAAUAAUUUAAAUGUAGAAACUGAUGUUGAAUUGCAAGGCGACGAUAUAAAUGGAGGGGCACUUGAAAACAGUACAAAUGAUGAGAGCAAGAUGGAGGACUAA